CAGAAGCUGGAGACUGACUGCACCCUGCCUGUCUGACAGAACGUACCUCAAACUACUCUGAACUCCUGACAAAGGCAGCGUGGAAGAAAAAGUGAUUGACGAUGGUGUUACCCCUCAAGCCUGUGCAGAUGCUCGCUCUAAUGGUUCUAGUUGUCUUCACGAUCAGCCAGUGUCAGGAGACUGAGAGCCGUCGGGCCGUGACGGAGCACCAGCUUAUGCACGACCGUGGACGGACCAUCCAGAGCCUGAAGAGACUCAUCUGGCUGUCCAGCGCCAUGGAGGGUCUCCACACCGCCCAGACCCGCUCCGCCCUCUACCCACCAUCCUUCGCGCUCAGCCAGGGGCCCGUCUCAGGCCUCGCCCCCUUCCCCGCCAAGCAGGACAGCGGCCCCUCCAGGGGAGCGAUGGAAAGCCUUCUGAGAGACUUCUUCAACCCCCAUCUCAGUGGACUCUCUGAGGGAGAGCCCUAGCCCCCCAGCCCACCCCCCCCCCCCCAACACACACACGCACACACACUCUAAACUCAUCAUAUAGCAACACUAAACACACAUUCAAAAUGCUAGCUUUUUUUUCCACUAGCAAACCUCUUCAAAACAUACCAAUGACAUUCUCUUUCCUAAGACAUCCCAACCAAAACCAAACCUGCCUAACUAAUAGAAGCAAGCUACUUUCUCCACCUCACUUGUGAGCUUCAAAUAUGACUUUAGCCAUGCCAGAGCUGCUUUGGUGUUGUGGUAUUUUGAGUGGGAUGAUGAUGUGCAACAUAUAGAUGCUCCAGAGUCCUCUUUCUAAACUCAUCAGUGUUCAACCUGAGAAUUGUAUUUCAUGUGUGUUAAAAGAUAACUGUCAAAUUAUGUAGGAUUACUUGAUGUUAAUGAUUAAUUAUCAUUAUAUGUUAAUCAAAUGAUUAUUUAAAAUGGAACUGUAUGCAUGUAUCUUGUAAAUU